AAUGAAGGAAUUGUGAUUGUAAUUUGUAAGUUUAUACGGAAUAGUAUAACAAACAAGAGUAAAAUGAAAAGUACACGAAUAUUUUAUUAAUCGCUUGUCGACUUUUUCCAAGCUUUAAACAGGUUAAAAAAUGAAAAGAAACGAAGCAAAGCUGUUAAUUAAUUUUGUGACUUUACAAUCUCAAAUCGCCAAUCUAAUCUGCGUACCUAUUAUAUGCUAGUACUAUGCUUUAAUCCAUAAUCCAAUUGGACGUAAUAAUAUGCAUGAUAUACUCGAUGUUUAACGUAUUUUUUUGUAAUUGAACAAGGAAACCGAAGUAUUAUAUUACAUUAUUACAUAAAAUUAACUUUUUAGUAAGCUUCUAUUGAUGGAUGUAAUACUAAUCGCUCUGGAAUUGUAAAAUUAAUGUGCACUUCAAAUUAAUGUGGCUAUUAUACAUAUAAUAUAUAUUUUUGUUCCAAUGCUUAUAUCAAAAUCGCGGUUUAAACUUUAUUAAAUUAUUGUUUGCAUUAAAUGAAUUAAUAGCUGCAUGAAAUAGGGUAGAUGGAAUUAUUAUAAUAACGGAUAAGUCCAACCGAAUUUUUCGAAUAAUUUGGUAAUAUUGAAUUAUUCCAUUCAAGAUGUAUUGUUCGUUAUAAGAGAAUAGCCAAUAGUUUUAAUUUUUCAGUUAAUAAGUGAAAAAUAAAUACUUAAUCUAAAGCAAUAAAAUGUACAAGAUACUUUAUUUUAAGACUGAAUUAUUUUUUAAUUUAUUCAUAAUUGAUCAGAAAUCACGAAUAAAUUAAAAACUAACUCAUUGGCUACGAGAUUGAAAAUAAAUAAAAAUUCGAAAAAGCGGUUGAAUCGAAUAUUACUUGAACAUAGAAACACUGCCACUAAUUAGUGCCAAACAAAUUUAAAAAGUGCGAAUUAAUCUUAUACAUAAUUAAACCACUUUUUUGAUAUAGGCAAAUUCAUGUGUGAUAAAUUUGAAGUGUAAGUUGUGAAUAUUAUAAUUAAAUACGGGAAAAAACGUAUUUUAUAAUAUACUUAAAAUUAAUUGCAAACUACCUACCUCUUGUUAAUUUCUCUGUAUAUAAUUGCAUUUAAUAAUCAUUAACUAAAGUAUUUUUUUUAAGUUGUGAAACUAACAAAUUUAAAAAUGAACACACAUUGCUCGAAACAGAUUAUUCAAUUUUUUAAUAUUUAAUAUUUUAUUUGCAAAUAAAUAAUCUGAAAAAUUGUUGAAUGUGUAUUUUUAUCCAGUAUUUAAUCUUCAUAAAAAUAAGUUGCUCUUAUUUUAUAAAUAAACAUUAAAAUUGUACUAACAUAAAUUAAUCCCAAAUAUUGUUUACUAUAAUAAAAGUAUGACUAUUUGUUUAAAUGUUAUAAAUAAGCAAACAUUGUAGUAGUUGUAAUUUUUUAAAAGAAAAUGAACACAACUUUUAGGCUUAAAUAGUUUUUAAGUAUCAAAGGAGCCUGUGUCAUGAGACAAAUCACACUUGUUUUCGAAAACAUUGUUCGACAUUAACGACUUUUAAUUAAAGUGCAUUCGUCCAAUCAGCAAAAUCGUGCUAUUUUUCCUAGUUUUUAGUAGUAUAUAAUAUUUAUUAAUUGAAAAAAGUAACUUAAUUUUUAAACGAUUGAAUUUACCUCUUUAAAAUAUGAACAAACAACCUGAAGUAACAAAAACGACAAGGUAUUGCGUGCAGUGGGAUUCCCACGCAAGACAUAUUUGUACCGUGUUCUGUUCACUGAUGGAACACCAAAGUUUGGUAGAUGUAGCAAUCUGUUGCGGACCAAAUACAAUUCACGCACAUAAAUGCGUCCUUGCAGCAAAUAGUCCAUAUUUUAGGGAACAACUUGAAAAGAAUUGUUCUGUCGAGCAAAUUUUAAUAAACGGUUUGGAUUUCACAGUAGUUAAGUCAAUUAUAGAAUUUAUGUAUUGCGGUGAAACGAAUAUUUUAAACGAGAAUCUUAGGUACGUUGUUGCUGCUGCUAAAUUUUUCCAAAUGCGUGGACUUCAAGCUUUAGUAUCUGAUCGCAAAGAAGUUCAAAAUGAAGCCAGUAUAAUAGAAAUAACACCUCCCUUAUUUAUUUCGAAAAAACCAAAGUACACGAACGCGUUAAGACAGUUCAACCCUCCAAUGACGAACUCGUAUAAAAUUUACAAGAACCCUAUUAAUGACUCUUACUUAUACAAGAAAGUUAAACGAAAAGCGAUUAGAUCGGAAGCAGAAAAAGCAUGCGCUAAAGAGGCAGCUGCUAGUCGUUUAGCUCUUGAGGCUCUCCAGAAAGAAUUAGCUAAUACCCCCAGAAUAAAUUCCUUCGUCAUCGAAGAAUCUUGCACGGAAACAACUGUAGAAAACUUCAUUCCACACGCUGAAGAAGCGAUUUUCGAAAAUCUGAGUAACAUGCCAACAAUUCCCAUUCAAAUGGUAGGUUUCUCCAACCUGAACAAUCCCCCAGUGUUGACCACAGCAACCUCCCAAAUGGACCAAAAAGGCAAGGAAACUUACAGUGAUCCCUUCGUGAACCUUUCAGCGAAUUCCAUAAUGAAAUUAGAUGACGUUUCUGAUAAAAUAAAGAACAUUCUCGGUAAUGAGAUUAACGGAAACGUGGAGAUUAUGUUCCGAACCAGUGACGGGAACUUUGUGGGGGUAACUGAUGAUUUGAUCCAGAAUUUAUCAGGAGGUGGAACAUUACAAUAUCAGGUAAUAGACGAGAACGGUCAAUUAGGUGAUGUGCGUGAAAUACAAAUCCAGGGACAAAACAGUGCAGUCCUCGAGAAUGUUGGUGAACAUUUGCUAAAAUCCAAUGAUGAUGUUAGCAACUUUGUUGGUCAGAAUCAAGGUGAACCGUCUGUAAUGGAGAUCGAUAUUCUUAACACUGCAGACAGUGAUAAAGACGUAGGAAGUUUUUCACUAGAAAAUGCGUUGAAUAAAGACGAUACCAACGUCUUGCCUUCUCAUUAUGAUAUAGGUGGUUUUGGUCAAGAUUCUUCAUCUCUGUUCUGUGAAAAUAAAGAAAACGAAUUUUCUGGUAAUGAAGAACAACAGAUUUCGUUACAAACAACAGUAUUCGCAGAUACUUGUACCAGUAUCGACUCUGAAUGCUCAAACAAUAUUCUUUUGAAUUGUACCAAAGAGGAUAUUGAUGAAGAGCCAAUAAAGAAACGAAAGUUAGACGUGAGCUGCACCAAUAGCACUAGUGAAGAUGGUAUAAGUGUGAGCAGCACCAGUAUAGAUGUGUUACCCUUCAGAGAAAUUUUUGAAACGAAUUCAAACCUUGUCGAUUCAGAAGUGGACAGGAGUAUUGAGGACACUUCAUAGAUUUGAAAAACUGAAGAAAAUGUAAUUUCUUUUCCCUAAAUAAUAAAUGUUAGUUGAAAUA